AUGUUGGAGGAUUCGUGUGAUCUACCUGUGACAGCAAGGGAAAAGGCGCUUAAACUAACCCGCUAUGUUUCUAGGUCGUGGGAUGCGGCUAUGGCUCGCUCAAAACCUGGCAAACACCAUCCUUCAGUUUACUGGAAGAUUUCAAGAUUGCGAAAAGAAACCUCCAAAGAACGUAAACGACAUUGCUGGCGAGAGCUCUGUGAUAAGUUUGCACAUCCCUGGGGCAGUCCCUACAAAAUAGCAUUCAAGAGAUUAAGCAAAGGUUUGUUGCAUGUCCCCAUGCGACUGUUUGUUGUGAAAAAUGUCGCCAGAAUCCUAUUCCCGGAGCAGGUGAUAACUGUUGAGUGGAUGGACUAUCCCUAUUGGUCUUAUUACCCAUUCUUCGAUGAAGAAGAGGUUGGGCAUAUCACUUCACACCUAAACAUGGUAAGACACCUGGAUUGGACGGCAUUCCAAAUGAGCCUCAAAAAGAGCCCAGACCUUUUUAAUCCCUGCGUCCACGAAAGUUCCAACACUAGGACUAAAAAGAGCCCCCCUUCUACUCCUUUCCUGGGAAGCGGCAACAUAAAUGACUUUUAUAAAGGCGAACUUGCUCAAUUGAUGCAUGAUGUUAGCAGUUCGACAUAUUCCUUUGUGUUUUUUUAUGCGCCUUGGGAUGCUGACUGUCAAGAUUUAAAAUAUGAGUUUCUGGAGGCUGCUGAGUUUUAUGUGGAUAAGGUUUACUUUGCUGGUGUGAACUGUUGGGAACCAGGAAGUGAGUGUAGAGCUAGAUUCAAAGAUGUAGUCGAAAGGUACCCUCAGCUUGUGGCUUAUGUUGGCCUUGAGCGUGCUGCUGCUCUUGUUGGAUAUUUAAAUGUCCACAGUACAUCUGAUUACGGUCUGGGUCUAUUACAUGAAACGUCACUAUCUCUUGCAUCUCGUGAUCAUGUCCGCCAAAUCGCUAUCGGCGUUUUCACAAAUAUUAAGUACAAUAGUGACAUGAAUGUUACAGCCACUCCUACCAUCCAUCUGUAUGUUUGGAACAAGAAGUUUGUUUAUGAUGGGGCAUUGAAGAGAGGUUCACUCCUAAAGUGGGUGAUGGAAACAUCGAGUGGCCUCCUCAUGUCCAUCAAUGGAAUGCUUCUUCUCAAGACUCCUAUUGUCGUCAUGUUCAGUCCUAUCCGUCCCCUCGAACUUAUUUCACCCAAUUAUAUCAUGAGCUUGCAGAGAGAGAUAGUGAAAUACGACAGAUAUGCUCUAGAAGAAGGAUUAGUGCAGGAAUUUGUAUGGCACCUCCUCGAUGGCACAAUCUCACCUGUGGAAGUCAGCCCAAAUCCAGAUGGUUUUCACUUGUGUAGUGAGGAUGGUAAGAAAAUUCACAAUGAUUGGCGUGAAGAAGCAUGUCGAAUGGCAGAAAGAACAUCUCCGUUACCCUCUACCAUCCCAUCACCUGCUCAGUCUUUAUAUGUCAAUAGUACCUUCACGUUUGCCUGCCUUGAUUCGGGCCGUUUCGAGCAUUUAGCCCAAGCUCUUGGUAUUGAAAUAUCAUCGGAGCCAGCAUCAACUGUAGUCUUGAUUAUCGGUGAUGAAGAAAUGGUUAAAAUUGGAAGAGGAGAAUUGAGGGAAGAGAGGUUGUGGUUGGGGUUGAGUGAUUGGUCGCAGGGCAAGAUAAAGAGAGUCAUCACGGGGCGAAGGGAUAGGCCUUCGCCCAAGCCUUUCUUCUCUAAUAUUGGCUCCAUUGGCAGAGUACAAACUGCCGGAACUAGGUUUACGAGGGUUCAGUCAGCUGUUGCACCAAAGCAAAAGGCACAGCCUGAUCCUGUACUACAGCCAGUAUUGUGGAACUUGUUCUCGCAGUUCGCUCACACUCCUGGAGAUAUCCCACCUGUUGGCCGAUGCUAAGUGUCUCUAUGUGGCCAGGAUCGACGGAGAUCGCAUUGAUCUACCAUGGCACUACAAUCUUCAUUUCUUUCCUUCUUUACUCUUUCUUCCUGCAGUCAGAAAGUCUGAGAGUAGGCUGUUACCUAGCGAUCUGAUGUGGAGCUUCGGCACUAUCUCACAUUUUCUACUCGCAAACCUAGGUAUUGAGGAGCGUCCUGAGAUCAUGUUGGCACUUUGUGCGAAAUGGGGUCAAUAUCCAGAGAAGAGCCAAGAGGUACAUGAAUGCAUCCGAGAAACCAGAAAAUUAUUGCUCGAUGGAAUUGAUAAAAAGUUAAGAGAGUCGAGACGGUACCCAAAUAACAGGAAGAAUACACUCCAUUCUCUCGCCUUUUUAAAGACAGUUCACCUUGCUUUGGCCAGGGUUGUUAGCAUCCAGGAGUCGCUGGUUGCUGUAAGGGCCAUUUCUAGGCAGUACAAUCUUGGUUGCACUUUUAGCUGACAUUGGUAAAAUAUGCUUUCUUCGAUCUUAUAUUCUGUAAAGCUCUUUAUGUAUCCUAAUUGAAGAGUUCCUGUCUGAACUAAUGUCAGAACUUAUCUUACACAGCUGAAGGAAUUUUGUUUGUCAUCAAUUGAUUUUGAACAGCAUCUACUGUCUUGACCUCUGUAAUCGUUAAAUCAGGAAUGACUUAACGAAUGUAAAAUAUAUUAAUUGUAUAUAAAUAAUGAUUAUACAAUAAGACGUAUUUAUUUGUAUUUCAUUAUUGAAUAUAGCGAUACCCUUUUUUAAAAUUAUAAAAUUUCUGUAUUGAGUUGAAAUUAUGAAUGUGUCUUGUCAGAGGUUCUUAAACUGUGGUCUGUGGAACCAUAGGAGUAGCCACUAAUUACCUUGUCCUCGAAACGACGUUGACAUCAACUUAACAUUUCAGUGCUUUUUACUUUUAUUCAAAUAACAUUUUUAAUAUAAAUCCUACAUGAUCAAGAUUUUUUUAUUCAUUUGUUGUUACUUAACUUUUUAUUAACAUAGUAAUGUAAAAUGUAUCGUUGGGAUGGGGUCCCUAAAAAAAUGUUUAAGAUGUGUUCCGCAGACUACAUAAAUUUAAGAAUCCCCUAUGUUAUGUUCUCUGAUAAUAUAAAAAAAAUACUAAAAAUUAUGAAAAAAAGUUACAUUAUGUUUAAUUGUAGUGAAAAUAUAUAAUCGAUCAAUUUACUUAAUAUAAUAAAGUUGUAAUCGUUGAGGUACAUAGUGGUUGUAGUUAUAUCAUGCUCAAGAUCAUUGGUUCGACUGCGAAUUGAUAGUAAUAAUCGAGUGUUAUAUUAUCAUAACAUAAUAAAAGUAUGUUUAUUACAGAAAAUAAUGUGAUAUUAUUGUACAUAAGGGAUAAUUGUUAUAUUGGAAAAAGAUAUAAUGUAAGUAUGGUACAGGAGUGGUACAUAAAAUUUUGUUUCACUUUAUCGUAACACUGCAUUCCAAAGCUUACAUUUUUGUUGUUUAUAAAACUGAUUUGUAUUGUUGUAUCUGUCAUUUUCUAGAGGUUAUUAUUUAUUCAAACUUUUGAAUUUAGUAUAUUUAAUUUAAACCAAAUAUAAUAUUUGCUCUUGUUUCUGAUAAAAAUAAAUUUUUAUCAAAUUAAAUUAACAAUGUUUAAAUGUUCCUCAGUUAUCUGUUUUAUCAUUGAUAUUUUUACUGCCAAGACAGUUGUACAUACUUAAGACUGAAUACUCGUAAGCAGUUAUUUUAAUUUCAAUUUUAAAUAUUUAAUUUGGUAUUCGCCUCUAGUGAAGAUUUGUUUUUAGAAAUGUAUAUCUAUGAUAAAGAAGUUCAUUUGAUUAUGUUUUUUGUUGAAAUUGUCAUAUUUUAUAAAUACCAUCCUCUCCCUCACCACAAAAAAAAAAUAUGUUUUCCUUUAUUGCAAUAUUUAUUUUAUUAUUUAAAUUUACAUUUUAGGACUACUCUUUAUAAAAUCAUCUCCAGAAACCGAUUGUGGAGACUUAUUCAAAAAUAUUUGAAUAAAACAAUUACAAUUUGUAGUUACAUUUAUUUCUUGAAAAUUUGUUGAUGUUAUGUUAUUUUAUUUUAUUUCUAAAUGUGAUAAAUUAUAAAAUGUAGAAAAAUAAAAAUCUUUCGUUUA